AUGCCCUUCAAAGUCCAACCCACAACCCUCUCGGACAUCCCGCAGCUCGUCGACAUCUACCUUGCCGCCUUCUCCAACAACGCCUUCGGCAGCGCCGUCUUCCCGAACACGCCCGCCGUGCGGCAAUGGUGGAUCGAGACGCUCUCACACGAGCUGCAACACCAAAAAGGCGUCGCCAUGUACAAUCUCGUCGAGUACGCCGCCGGCACCGACACCCCCGUCUUCGCCAACGACGAGAGCCUACAGCAGCAACAGAAGAAAAACAUCAUCGCCUUCGCCAAGUGGCUGCGGCCGAUGGAAGGCGUUGACCCGGCCGAGGCGGUCGAGAUCCCGACGCAGCUGCCCGCCGGCUGCGACGAGCAGCUCUUCCAGCGCUACUUCCCCGAGCUGAACCGCCGGCACCGGGCUUGCAUGGGGACCGAGGCGCAUUGGUACCUGGAACUCCUCGCCACGCACCCCUCGCACCAGCGCCGCGGCGCCGCCUCCGCCCUCGUCAACCACGUACUCGGCGCUGAUAACCCCGUCAACGCCGGCUACGAUGCCUACUUGGAAGCCAGUCCGGAGGGGCUGUCGACGUACCAGCGGUUGGGCUUCGAGAAGAGGGAUGGGUUCGUCAUCGAGAUCAAGGGUCAGCCUUAUGAGACGCUGAUGAUGGUGAGGCCGGGGAAGGCAGGAGGUCAGAAGAAUGCCUAA